UCCGGGAAAGACCAUCGUCGCUGGCGAGUCCUCGACGAAGGCUGCCCCAGCCGGGUGUAUCAUCAAGGCAAGCGCGACGGUUACAGAUGCUCGUGACCCUCUGGGUGACAACACGAACAAGAUGCCACUCAGUAAGGCGAGUCUGCCUGCCGCACCGACUGUCCAGAAGAAGCACACCGCAGGAUCAUCGUUCCUCGAGAAUGUCAAGAGCUCGAACAACAAGAUCAAGUUCCGUUCUCUUCCGGCACAAUUGUCAGUCCAGACAUCGCAGCAACCUACAACCAAGAUGGCGCAAGAACCCUCAGACAAGAAGAAGCGCGUCGAGACACAGAAGACGCAAACGCCCGUCACUGGCCACAGACAAGACGCAGCUAAGGAGGGGCAAUCUACCAGCAAGACGUCAGAGGGCGUCAAGGUUAGCAAGGUAAUUGUGGACACCGACAACAAGAAGACACAAGCCAAGGCUGUCGAGCCCGUGAAAGAGACGCAGAAAGAGGCCACCGAUGAGCAGAAGGCUCCUGGUAAGAAACAGAUUGUGAAGAGCGAUGCCGAUGAUCACAAGCUCAGAAGUGAGUUGGAAGCCUCGCCCCUUCACCAGGAGAACGUCCAAGACAGCAGAUCGAUCACGGACGACAACGAGCCAUCCGACUCUGAGAAGACUUCAAGCAUCGCUUCGGGGACCUCAACUGACAUGGCGAGCCCAUCUUCUGGCGGAUCGAAGCAACGCGAAAGCAACAAUAAAUACCGCGGCCGUCCCAGGCCAGGUGACAAAGGCGUUGCAAUGAAAGUCACCAAGUUCAAGCGUAAGCCCAAAGACGAGAAGAUGAAGAGCGGCUAUAAGAGCAAGGCGAAUGUUGACAAGAGCAACGACGGAGGGGAGGUGCGCCUCAGUAGCGAAUCAAUGUCAGGUUUUCCGCGGAAGCAGCCGGUGAAGAGAGCCAGUGAGCCUCUCCCGGCUAAGAAGGCUGCCGCCACCAGCAGCAAUCCUCUAAAAGAUCUUCUUCUCGAAAUUUCCAGCGGUGGCUCGACUCCCCGCAAGGAGCAUGCUCGAAGCUCACCUGACUCCACGGCUAGCGCAAAGCGCAAGCGCCACAUCGACGACGACGGCCGUCCUCUCAUCAAGAAGACUGUUGUUGGUUCCGGUGAUCGUCUAAUCUCGCGCCCAAGAGUUCGUCGUCCUAUGCCUGCAAUAGAUGCUGAUGUUAUGGACGUCAACUACAUCUGCGCGUCGCCUGGACCACAGCUUCUCCGCCGCCCUCGUAUGACGACAGAGACUGCCAACAACCCGUAUCUUCGACAUCCGUAAUCUGGAGAACCCUCACUACUCCGGCAACUACAAAAGAAAGCAACGCUC